AUGGGGUGGGAGGUGACGACUACCACUUCGGCUCCACGACUCAGGCACUAUGCCGGUGGGCAGACGUGCAUAGCUGCCGCCGACUCAAGUGAAACGAAACUUGUGUUUAGCUUACCUUCUCUAGAAGAAAAACUGCCGCACCAGCACCCAUCAGGAGGGGAUGAGGAAAAACGAGGCGAGAACAUUGGGCUCAUGAGCCCACCAUACGCCUCCUUCCAGGGCGCCUACGUCUACGUGGUCAACGUUUACAGAAACACGCGCUAG